AGUUGGAAGUCAGUCGCCGGCGUAAUUGGUCUUGUGUUGGUUGGUGCUGUCGAAACCAUUCGUGCAUAACAAUAUUUUAUUAAUAAUAUACUACUUACCUAUUAUUUUAAUAUUGUUAUAAUAUUAAAAAUCAUUUGAAGUAUUUUUAAUUUGAGUGAUCAAAAUGAGUGAAUCAUCCUUAGGGAUCAGUCAACUCAUACCUCUGGAUACAGUUAGUGUACGGCAGAAGACGACUGUGUUCUCAGGCAACGAAUACGUGGUGGUUGAUUUCAACGGGCAGCAGCUGUUCCAUGCCAAGGAGUCUGGUGGCGCACUCAAUUUGCUCGGUGGCAAAAAUAGAGCAUUUGACAUCACCAUCACAGAUAUGCAGGAUAAUAAGGUGAUCACACUUCGUCGACCAUACACCUUCGGGCCUGACAAGAUGGAGGUGACGGUGUGCAAUCAGCUGGCCAGCGUAGUGCGCCAGGAGGUCACGUUCAUGAAACCGGUGCUGAACAUCAACGAUCCUCAAGACCGCCUCGUGUUAAGGGUCAAAGGACCAGCUGUAAGAACAGGAGAAUGUGACUUUGAGAUAUUUACCCCUAGCAAGAAACGUGUAGGUGUGAUUAGCAAGCUUUGGGGCGGAUGUGCUCGGGAGGCGUUAACUAGCAAAGACAACUUCAGAAUAAACUUCCCGACAGAUUUGGACGUGCGCUACAAGGCUGCACUCAUAGGAACGUGCUUCCUUAUUGAUUUCCUGUACUACGAGUGAUAGUCAUAGUGAUUACGAAAAAUUCUUUGCUUCCAUUUUAUAUUGUUUUUGAAAUAUUUAAUGUGUGAAUAUGACAAAGACAACAAAGAAAUUAAAUGAAGCGACUGCUUCAUUUAAUUUCUUUGUUGUCUUUAUAAGUAAACGGAUCCUAACUGAAUAAUUAGGAUCCGUUUACUUAUCAAUUACUGCGAACUAACAUAAAACUAAAAGGUGCAGAGAGCUAACAAAAUUAUAGUUGCUAGAGCUGUGGCUAGAGCCAACCCGGAUGUAUUGAACUUUUGUUGGAUUUUAAGUUUUGGAUUAAAAAGGAAAUGGAUCUAAAGGAUCCGUUAUUGCCAAGUGCAGAUGAUAAUGAGGUAGACGAUAGGUCGAAAGUGCUAUUAAUUCUAUGUGUCGUGAAAACAAUGGAUCAUACCACCGCUCACCAAAGAUUUGGGGCUAUGUUAAUUGGUGCUGUUACUUCAUAUAUUGCUCUUAUUAAGAGCCUACAUAAAUGCUUUAAGAGUUUGAAAGUAUUUCUUCAGGAGUACUAUAUAUUCAAGAAGUUUUACCAUAUGAUUAAAACAUAUUGUAUAAAUAUAAUGUAUGUUACAAACCAUAUGUAACUCUUAUUUCUGAUAAUAGUUUAAGAGCCCCUAACAAGAAUCUGCAAAAAUUUAUAACGAUUGAUUCUUCAGAAUGUGGAAGUGCUAGGGUAUUCAUCACUUAGAACUCAGUGCGUUGACAGUUGUUGGUCAAGUACUGUAACACCCGGUAAGAUGACAACAUGUAUUAAAGUGCUUCGCAAUAUUGUGACAUGUCUUCUCAAUAAGUAUAAUACAAUAAACUGUUUAUACAGUACAAUCGUGGAACACGCACUUCCAGCACGUCUUUGCAUAUGAAGCAAGUUGCGUAGAACGGUCUAAACGGCGCAGGGGAGCGACGGGCUUUGUAGGCCGUGGUCAGGAGAGUACUAUCUGGGAGGCCCGAGCCGACUAAGUACUGGAUACUGAGUGAUGUUCGAAGAAAGGUUUCCAAUGUACCCGAGCAUGUUAGUCCGUCAAUGAGUCAAUUUUCCUACGGUUCAAGGGUUUAUGGUUUCCUUGGUCCUGAAGGAGUGGGUAUACCUUAGCGCAGGCAUGUCAAACUUACGGCCCGCGAUCGCAAUAUAUCAUAGAUAAAAAACUGUUUUUUCAUGUUUUAGACUUGACGGAAGUUUAAAAUGGACACGCUUUAUUUAUAAGUAAUUUCAAGAGUAGCGCGUGCUUAGAUGAGCGAGAGAGUGUUAGUUAUUUAACAAAACUACGCUCAUUCUGACCUUUAAUCUGAUUUCUAACAACGGUGUAACUAAAUACCCAAAUAAAGAUGUAUUUAUUAUAUAUUUUUUAAUUCGAACCUGAUCCACCUACAUAUUUUGAAUGUAAUAUACUCGUAUAACCUAUAAAUUAGAGUUGGACGCUGUUAUAUGGGAUUAGAAGAGAGUGUCAUAUACUGUCGGUCUUGAAAUUGGAAAUGCUUGAAGCACAAGUUAAGCAUUUCGCCAACAAAUAAAUAAAAAAGGGGUACUGAGAGAUACUGAGUAUGACUCUUAGUACUUUCACAUUCGGAAAUAUCAAAGUUAUCAAACUCUAACUCUAAAUUUAGCCAAGAACUAAAUUUAUAAUGUCGACGGAAAUAUUUCUAUUAACAUUAAAAUCCAUAAUAGUUUGUUGCUACAGUCUACAUAUUAAUAUACUAUCUCAGUAUAGGCUGUACCUAUACUCUUAUGUAAACAAUUCCGUGAACCAAAUCUUUUGGAAGUGCUUAUCAGUAUUUGGUAUAUUAUUAUAACGACUUUACCACCUUAAGCGAACGAGGCUAAAGCUAACAUUUACAUUUUUUUUUGUCAAAAUUGUCAAAAAAUAAAGUAUCUAAGAUUUAAUAUUUAAACUUUUUUUUUAAAAUUUGUUUUAACUGAUGUUUAACGCGCUUAAAUGUAUUUAUAACAAACUAAAGAAGUGGCGUGCGCUGAAAUUUUUAGAUUGAUUUUAUUAUGUAUUUUAUACUUUGUUUUUAAGUUUUUAAUUGUAUUAUUUUAAAACGCAAUAAAUGUGUAUAAGAUUUAUUAGAGUUUCUUAAUUCAGUUAAUUUAUUAACGUUAUCACAGUGGGUUUGUUAAGAAAACAAGCGAAGGAAUCAGUCAAUGAAGGCAAAAAACUGAGAAAUUGAAUAAUAAAUUUUGCCAAGCAGCAUGAAUUUGUAAAAAUAAUACGGAUUAAUGUUAUACUUACCCUCUACUUUAAAAUUGAAAUUGACCAUGUGUUCCAGGCCGCUAUUUCUCUGAGGUAAGAUUCAAAUUAUUCAAAACCGAAACAACUUACAAUGUCAUUAGAUGUAAUUUUAAAAUCUCAAUAAUAAAUAGAAUUCGUCUUAUAGUAGCUCGGUGGCGUAGUGGUUAAGCGCCGCGGCCCGCGAUCGUUGUCGUUAAGCAACUUUCGUAGGGGUCGGUCACGGGAUGGGUGACCAAAAAAUUAUUAUCUCGAGCUACUCCGUGCUUCGGAAGGCACGUUAAGCCGUUGGUCCCGGCUGCAUUUGCAGUCGUUAAUACCCUCCAAUCCGCAUUGGGCCAGCAUGGAGGGUCAUGGCCCAUCCUCCUUAACCAUCCAUAAGGAAGGCCUGAGCCCCUGCAGUGGGGACAUAAAAAGGCUGAUGAUGAUGAUGAUGAUGUCUUAUAGAUCAUUCGAUCUAUCGUGCAAUAAGACGAUAAAUUUAUAGUACUCGAGAAAUAUCAAAACUCGCCAUUAGGUAGCUAGACAUUACGAAAGUAAACUUAUAUAAAUAUGUAUAUGAGUAGAUGCUGUCGUUGGGGGGCACAGUCGACUUUACAAGAAUCUGAGAAAACAUCUGGUUAUAGAAAUCCAUUAGAUUGCAGAUGAAAAAAUUACAAACUUUUUUAAAUUUGCCGUUUUAAAGUUAGCGCUGGUCAAAUCUUGUAAGCUAAAGACUCGUUUCCCAGUGCUCGAUUAAGCCGCAAUAGGGAUGAUGACUGUGUUAAAAAAAGAAAUUCUAUUUAGUCCGUCAAUCAGAUAAUAGGAAAAUAUAAGAUACGUAUUUUUUUUGCUUCAAUUUAACAAGAAAUGGCUUAAGUAAUAAGUAUUAAAGUGGAAGAGUUGGGGUUCGCUACGUCACAGUUUUGUAGAAAAUUUACAAAAGCGUGACGUCAUACCCAGAAGCUGGUAGCUCAGUGGUUAGAGCAGUCGCCCGGAUUCGGGAAGGUCGUGGGUUCGAGUACCAUCUUAGAGUGCCAGGCACAAAGUGGGUUUUUUAAUCGUUUUUCAAUAAGAGUAUUUUUCAGUAUAACAUUGCAAAUGUAAAAUUGAUCAAAUAUAAUAAUUAGAACAAAUUUUCAUCUUUAUUGAAAGUUUAAAUAUUUGUAUAAAAUAUUUCUUCCAGCUGUUUAGGGGAUUGUCUUAACAUUGAUGAAAAAACGCUUUUUAGUAGCGAGAAGUAACACGUGCUUGAAAAAAUCGACAGACCUAUUAGGUCCUGGAUUGGUCAGUGGUUAGAGCAGUCGCCCCGAUUGCAAAAGGUUAUGGGUUUGAGUUCUAUCUUAGAGUGCCAGGAACAAGCAUUUUUCAUAAAGAAUAUUAUUUAUUUUACUUAUAAAGUUAUAAAAUUUUUAACUAAUAUUUAACACGAGUUUAGUUUAUAGCAACAAAGAUAAACUUAUCUAUGUGUCGAUACCGUGACCCUGUCCUCUUAGAUAAGAGUAAUGUUACGGUAAGGCAACUAGUUCUAGGUAUUUUAUAUGAAAU